AUUUCUUUCUCAAUUCACAUAAUCACAUUAGGCUUUAGCUACAUGUAGCUGGUCAAUCUUCAUGCUUUUUGUCUAAUUUUUUUUCGUAUUUAUUUAAUUGUUAAUUAAUCAUAUUCAAUAGCAUGUCUUCGCUAUCUUUAUCUUGUUUCCCAAGCUGAUAUUUCGCUUUCAUGAACCAAACUAAAUAAAUUUAAGGGUGGUCAAAAUCCAAUUAAAGGGAAACCAAACCCCCCACAAAACACCAAUAAAAUAUCUUCGCAAUUUUUGGAUAAAUAAUAAUCUGCACUUUCUUUGUUUCAUUCAUUGCUUGUUCUUUCCUGUGGGCUGGCUGUAGUAGAUUAUUCUGUUUUGCUGUCUUCUCUCAAUCUGAAAAAACCCUGGAUAAAUACCCGUCAAUUCACCCGAUUUUUUUUCGAGCAUAUUUGCAGCAAACCCAUUUCAAAACUCAUUGAAUAAUCAACCCAAAACCUCUUAAUUUUUGGUGGGUUUUUUAUUAGGUAUUAAUAAAGUAUGAUAUUCUCCAAACUCAGCCGCUCAGCAUCUCGCUCCUCCAUUGCCAGGAAUGUGAUAAAUGGUAGUUUUAAAGGAAGAUUGUUGAAUGGGGGAAGAGGGGAUUUGGGAUUGGGAGGAUCAUCAUAUAUGAAUUCGAGCGGCGGUUUGGACUUGGGUGGAAGAUUAGGGCUUUUUUGGAGGGAAUAUUUGGCUAUAGCUGGAGGGACAGCAGCACGGUCUAUUCCCAAAGCAUCUUCUUAUGUAUCGGAUUUCAAUCAUGCUCUUGCCAACCCAAGAAUACGCAGAUUUUUCUGCAGUGAAGCCCCAAAGAAAAAGAAAUUUGAGAAUUUCUAUCCCAAGAAGAAAAAGGAAAAUCCCAAACAGAAGGAAGAGAAAUCGGAGUCUAAAGAGGGCGGAAAUACGGAUGGUAAUAGCAACUAUCAGGAGACUCUGCCCAAACUAGUUCAAAAUUUGAUCACUCCGUUGUUAGUGGUUGCAUUACUUUUAUCAACAAUGACAAUGAGUCCCCGAGAACAGCAGCAGAUUAGUUUCCAGGAGUUCAAAAACAAGCUUCUUGAACCUGGCUUUGUGGAUCACAUUGUAGUUUCCAACAAGUCUGUUGCAAGAGUAUAUGUGAGAAAGGAACCGCGGAGGCUGAGCGAUGAUGGUGCCGAAGAAAAAUCAGGAUACGGAGGACCUUCAAUUGGCACCCCUUCCAAAGGGAAUGCUGGCCAGUAUAGGUAUUAUUUUAACAUUGGAAGUGUUGAAUCUUUUGAAGAGAAGCUGGAGGAAGCCCAGGAACUGUUGGGAAUUGAUCCACAUGACUAUGUCCCAGUCACAUACACAUCUGAAAUGGUUUGGUACCAAGAGCUUAUGAGAUACGCGCCAACAUUACUGCUUCUUGGUUCGCUGAUGUACAUGGGGCGGAAAAUGCAGAGUGGUCUGGGUGUUGGAGGUUCUGGUGGAAAGGGUCCACGCGGAAUAUUUAACAUCGGUAAAGCUCAAAUUACAAAAGUCGAUAAGAACGCUAAAAACAAGGUUUAUUUCAAAGAUGUUGCUGGUUGUGAUGAAGCAAAGCAGGAAAUUAUGGAGUUCGUGCACUUCCUCAAGAAUCCCAAGAAAUAUGAAGAGCUGGGGGCUAAAAUUCCUAAAGGAGCUCUGUUGGUUGGCCCACCUGGGACUGGUAAAACUCUUUUGGCGAAAGCUACUGCUGGGGAGUCUGGUGUGCCUUUUCUCUCUAUGUCCGGUUCAGAUUUUAUGGAGAUGUUUGUUGGGGUUGGACCUUCAAGAGUGAGAAAUUUGUUCCAAGAAGCACGGCAGUGUGCACCGAGCAUUAUAUUUAUUGAUGAGAUUGAUGCUAUUGGUCGGGCAAGAGGACGUGGGGGUUUCUCUGGUGGUAAUGACGAGCGUGAGAGUACUCUUAACCAGUUGCUUGUUGAAAUGGAUGGAUUUGGAACUACUUCUGGUGUGGUGGUUCUUGCUGGCACUAAUCGACCUGAUAUCCUGGACAAUGCUUUGUUAAGGCCAGGCCGAUUUGAUCGACAGAUUAGCAUAGACAAGCCUGAUAUUAAGGGCCGUGAGGAGAUAUUUCGAUUAUACUUGAAAAAGAUCAAACUUGAUCAAGAGCCGUCUUAUUACUCCCAGAGGCUUGCUGCCCUAACUCCUGGAUUUGCGGGCGCAGAUAUUGCAAAUGUCUGUAACGAAGCCGCACUGAUUGCUGCCAGGAAAGAGCAAACAAAGGUCCAAAUUGAACAUUUUGAUGCGGCUAUAGAUAGGAUAAUUGGUGGCCUGGAGAAGAAACACAAGGUAAUAAGCAAACUUGAAAGGCGUACUGUCGCUUACCAUGAGGCUGGUCAUGCUGUUACUGGCUGGUUUUUGGAACAUGCAGAGCCACUCUUGAAGGUAACAAUUGUUCCUCGUGGCACAGCAGCCCUGGGUUUUGCUCAAUAUGUCCCCAAUGAGAACCUCCUUAUGACAAAGGAACAGCUAUUUGACAUGACAUGCAUGACACUAGGGGGUCGUGCUGCCGAACAAGUAUUGUUGGGUAAAAUAUCGACUGGAGCCCAGAAUGACCUAGAGAAAGUCACGAGGAUGACAUAUGCGCAGGUUGCAGUUUACGGCUUUAGUGAGAAGGUUGGUCUCCUUUCGUUUCCACAGAACAAUGAGUAUGAGGCAAAGCCUUAUGGCAGUAAGACUGCAGCAAUUAUUGAUUCUGAGGUGCGCGAAUGGGUUGGCAAAGCUUAUGAUCACACAGUCAAAUUGGUUGAGGAACAUAAAGAGCAUGUGGCUAAAAUUGCUGAAUUGUUACUAGAAAAAGAAGUUCUUCAUCAGGAGGAUUUGAUCCAAGUUCUGGGUGAAAGACCUUUUAAAUCGGCCGAGGUAAGUAAUUAUGACAGAUUUAAACAAGGGUUUGAAGAGGAAGUUCUGAAUACUGAUCAGCAGAACGUGGAGAACCAGACAGCAAAGGAGGACGAUGGACCUUCAUCCCUUGACCCAGGGGUUGUUCCUGCUUAAGGAAGAUCCCAGUAAGUGAACUGAUAUUUAUGUGUAUAGAACGAGAAAGACGUCGUCUCAUCUUCUCCUUGUGCGCAACCCCUCAUCGAGGCACUAAUUGGAGGGAAAGUCGCUGGCUGUUUACUUCUCCCAAACUAACCAUAAUUUGUAUGAACUGUUCGGUAAAAAAACGCUGCCGUGGCUGGCUUGCUGAAUAGAGGCUACAAAAUUUGCAGCCAUAUUGUGAUAGGAGCAAAUGCUGUUGGGAUGAGCCGAAAUAGGAGGCAUUAGGAAGAUCGUAUUUGAAAGAAUGCUGUUUGUAUCAAAUGGUUGUUGGAAGUUGGAGCAUAGAAAAGAGAAGAAACACUGGACAUGAAGGAAGAAAUAUAUGAUCAUGCCCAUGUAAAAACCCAACAGAUGGAUAGAACCUAGUUCUCAUGGUUUGCUAUUCAAGUUUUCUAAUUUCCUCUUUGUAUUUAUUAUUAGUACAUUUUUUUUUUCCAGAAGUUUCUUCUAUUGAAAUAUUGUACUACUUCAAGUUAAAAGUCUUUAAAAGAAUGAAUGUGAAUGAAAGACAAAAGUAAAUAACAUUCUGGGUUAUGGCAAUAGCUACUAGCUGCUUUUUUCUUUCCC